AUGCAUGAGUGAUUUUGAAAGCUUCAUUGCUUAUUUCAUUGAUACAUUUAGAUAACAAUGGCUUCAUCAUUUAUCAAUUUCGUGAACACUACUAUAGAUUUAGUUACAUAUGCUUUACAUGCUCCUUCUGCACGAGCUGUAGUUUUUGGAUUCAAUAUUGGUGGACAUUUGUUUAUAGAAGUUUUGCUUUUGGUGGUUAUACUUUUCUUGCUUUCUCAGAAAAGUUACAAGCCUCCUAAAAGACCCUUGUCAAACAAGGAAAUUGAUGAACUAUGUGAUGAAUGGGUUCCACAACCCCUUAUUCCUUCUCUUAAUGACGAGAUGCCCUAUGAACCACCAGUGCUGGAAAGUGCUGCUGGGCCACAUACCAUAGUUAAUGGUAAAGAAGUUGUAAAUUUUGCUUCAGCAAACUAUCUUGGGCUUAUAGGUCAUCAAAAGUUACUUGACUCAUGUUCAUCUGCUUUAGAGAAAUAUGGUGUUGGUUCUUGUGGUCCCCGUGGGUUUUAUGGAACAAUUGAUGUCCAUCUUGACUGUGAAGGGAGAAUAUCAAAGUUUUUAGGAACACCUGAUUCAAUUCUCUACUCUUAUGGACUUUCCACCAUGUUCAGUGCUAUUCCUGCUUUCUCUAAAAAAGGCGAUAUAAUUGUAGCGGAUGAGGGAGUCCACUGGGGAAUACAGAAUGGCCUUUAUCUUUCUAGAAGCACAGUGGUAUAUUUUAAGCACAAUAACAUGGAUUCUUUAAGAGAAACUUUAGAGAACAUUACUUCCAUAUAUAAGAGGACCAAGAAUUUGAGGCGUUAUAUUGUCAUUGAAGCUCUCUACCAGAACUCUGGCCAAAUAGCACCCUUAGAUGAGAUCAUUAAAUUGAAGGAAAAAUAUUGUUUUCGUAUUUUACUGGAUGAGAGCAACUCAUUUGGUGUGCUUGGAAGUUCUGGAAGAGGUCUCACUGAACACUAUGGAGUUCCAGUUGAUAAGUUAGAUCUUAUAACUGCUGCUAUGGGACAUGCACUGGCCACAGAAGGAGGAUUCUGCACGGGAAGUGCAAGAGUUAUAGAUCACCAACGAUUGAGUAGCUCUGGCUAUGUCUUUUCUGCUUCUUUACCUCCAUAUCUUGCAAGUGCUGCCAUUACAGCUAUUGACGUCCUUGAGGAAAAUCCCAAUCUAUUAACAAAAUUGAAGAACAAUAUUGAUGUUUUAUGGAAAGGGUUGUCGAAAAUACUAGGCUUCACAAUUGCAAGUCAUCCAGAGUCGCCAAUUGUUUAUUUGAGAUUAAAGAAUUCAACGGGUUCUUUGAAAGAUGACCUACAUCUGCUUGAAAAUAUUGCCGAGCGUGUUUUGAAAGAAGAUUCUGUAUUUGUGGUGGCUUCCAGAAGAUCGACAUUGGACAAGUGUCGAUUACCUGUUGGAAUUAGAUUAUUUGUUUCUGCAGGGCAUUCAGAGUCUGAUCUUCACAAGGCAUAUGAGUCAUUGAAAAGGGUUGCAGCAUUAGUCCUUGAUGGUCAUAAAUGAACUAUGUAUCAAAAUGUCAGUUCUAUUCAUUCCACUUUUAGGUGAGGAAUUUUGAAAUCCAGGUUGACACAGGAAGUCCUGCAGUUGGUAAUUUAUGUCAUAUUUUCUGGGCUAGCUCAUGGUACAGUAUAUUUUUUAUUUAAUU